ACACGCAAGAUAUCACCUCCAAUUCUCUUUGUCACCGCGCCCACACCCCAUCCCCUUCAUUCUCCUGCCUCCAUUUUCGAUUCUUUUCUUUCUUCUAAACAUAUAUAUAUAUGCGUAUAUGCAUCAAUGGCCACCAGCAAUAAGAGGAUAGUAGAGAUCCACGACGUCGACGAGCAAGCGUCGGGACCGGGCGGCGAUGGCGCAAAGCCGGUGUCGGUGUUCGGGUGGAUGGGGACGGCGGUGAAGGGGGCGGGCAGCGCCUGCUUUCAUAUGUUGACGGGGCCGGCGGCGGGGCCGCUCAUCCUGGCGUGCGUGUGCGCGGCGCUGGCCUACGGAACCAAGAGGCCGAGGAAGCUGCCCGUUCUCCACCGAUCGAUGUCCAUCGCGGCGCUCCACGGCGGGGAGGUGGCCUUGGAGAGGAUCCUGGACGCCCAGGAAGCGCGCGUCAACGAGGCGGCGCUCAAAAGUGCCGCCGACCGAAUGCGGGAGCUGCUCGCGGCGGACCCCAAGACGAUAAGCUACAGGGAAUUGCAUAGAGUUGCAGCAAAACUGGAGAUGAGUGGAAGGGAGGAUGAGGCAAUAGAAAUGUUGCAAAAAGCUGUGGAGGAAGCGGAGAAAAAGAAGCAGCCUCAUGAAGCACAUGAGCUUCAGAUGGUGCUAGUUGAAAUGCUUAUAUACAAGGGGGAGUACCAGCGGGCUCUACAGUGCAAGUGCCUGCAGUGGAAGUGCCAGAAGGACGAGGAAAAUUCCGAUGCCCGAGGUCCCCUUUAUAUGGCGAUUAUUUACUCCAUAACAGGUGACAAGCGUGCCAAAGAGUGCUACGAGCGUUUUCGGGACAUUCGCCGCCGCUUCCAUUGGCCCGACUCUAUCGCGGAGGGAUCACCACUUUAUGACAUCAUGGUUGAUUUCGAUAAAUUUGUGACGGCCGCAGACAAACUAAAGAAAGAGAUUGAGCACGCGAAGACCAUGCAUAAAUAAAAUAAAGAGGGGAUGAUGAAGGCUCGAGAUGGACAAAGAGAGGUUGUUUUAUAUCAAUAAUUUAUGUGAAACCAUAUUCUUUUAUUUUAUAAGAGUUGGACCGUAUAUCUUA